AUGGCUCCAUAUCUGGGCCUAAAGGGCUCAAGUCUUCGAGCUGCUAUUGCAUUGGCAGCUGGACUUUGCUUUGUCGCCUUCGGUUACGGCCAGAGUGAUUUCGGAGGUCUUCUUACAGUCUCGACAUUUAGAGAGAGAUUUCCUCAGAUCGACACUGUUGGACAUCCCAAUAGCAGCCAUGUCGCCGUCAUCCAAGGAAUCACAAACGCGACAUGGAAUAUCGGAUGCUUUGCAAGCGCCAUCAUCGCUGUCUUCCUCGGCAACUUCCUUGGUCGUCGACAAAUGAUCAUGCUUGGACUGGUAAUCAUGGCACUUGGAAAGGUGAUCCAAGCCUCGUCCUACUCGUAUGGUCAAUUGAUUGCUGGGAGAUUCGUCGCUGGAUUCGGAAAUGGCUUCAACACUGCAGCCGUGCCGGCGUGGCAAGCAGAAUCAACUCGUGCGCACAGGCGCGGUACCAUGCUCAUGGUCUCUUCUGGAGCUUGUAUCGCCUUUGGUGUCGCUGUAGCCUAUUGGGUUGACUUCGCUUUCGCAUGGCUUGCUCCAAAUUCGGCCUCGUGGAGAAUCGCCACCGCAUUCCAGAUCGUACCAGCCAUGUUGGCAUUCAUGCUUAUCAUCUUUCUUCCCGAAUCACCUCGCUGGCUCAUCCUCACGGGUAGAGAGGAAGGAGCACUGAGCGUCCUUUCGGCACUUUCAGACACAACGCCCGACGAUGAAGAAGUUCGCCAGGAGUUCCUUCAAAUCAAGGAUGCCAUCCUCGAGAUGGCUCGCGGUGGCUUCUCUUCUGCCUUUUCGAUGAACGAGUACAGAUAUCUGCAUCGCACCAUCCUUGCAUUCCUGCUUCAGGUCAUGCAACAGUGGACGGGCAUCAACCUGUUUACCCAAUAUCUCGCUCUCAUCUUCAACACGCAAACAGGCUACAAACCAUGGGUGGCCAGGCUACUCGCAGGUUGCAGUGCUACCGAGCUAUUCAUAGCCUCAUUCGUCACUGUCAUUGGCAUUGAUCGUUUCUGGGGCAGACGAGCUCUGUCUAUGUUUGGUGCUGUCGGCAUGUCAAUCUCGCUCAUCAUUCUCACGGUAAUGAGUUAUCUCGACAACCGCUCCACACACAUAGUCAUGGUCGUUUUCAUUUUCGUCUACAACACCUUCUUCGCCAUUGGCUGGCAAGGAAUGUCAUGGCUAUGGGCUGUUGAGUUGACACCUCUAGCCAUUAGAGGGCCCACUAAUGCCAUGUCGACCGCUGGAAACUGGCUCAGCAACUUCAUCGUCGUGCUCAUUGCACCCAUUGCCUUCCAUCACAUCGGCUACCGGACCUAUAUCAUCUUUGCAGUCAUCAAUGCUGCUAUAGUCCCGGUCGUCUAUUUCUUCUACCCCGAGACCGGAUGCCGCUGUCUCGAAGAAGUCGAUGUGUUGUUCCACCAGGCAUCCCAAACUUCGAGCCCUUGGACGAGUGUGGUCAAGGUUGCAAACAAGGAACCUCUGUGGUACGGCAAGGGUGGAGAAAACACCUUCUCGUACGAGCAAAGUGACUGGCACCAGCAUCUU